CAAGAAGUUAUCCUCAUAUCGUUCCAACAAACCUCACCGCCGCUUUAACAGUCAUCUGGGAUUGUCCUCUGCUGGUGUAUUAAGAUGCUUUUCCGAUCCGUAGUCGACAGAGGAGUGGGCAGACGGAGGCAGAAUGCCCUCUCUGCAGAUCCUUUCCCCCGAAUUCCUCUGAUCUCACUGCUCGGCGGUUACCGGUGCAUCCGACAUGAUGAACACAUCUCCUAUGGAAAUACGGGGAACACAGUGCCACCGUUUGGAUUGGCCUUCUCCUCGGCUGGAGAUUUACAGAACAUUUUGGCAGCAGCUAAUGAAGAAGGCAUCGUACGGAUCUACAACACAGAGAGCCGUGAAAAUCCUCUUCUCAAAGAGUGGCUGGCUCAUGAAAAUGCAGUCUUUGACAUUGCAUGGGUACCAGGAGAACCUCAAUUGGUCACUGCUUCAGGUGACCAGACAGCCCGGCUUUGGGAUGUGAAGUCUGGGGAGUUGUUGGGAAGCUUUAAGGGCCACCUUUGCAGCCUGAAGUCUGUGGCAUUCACGUCUGAAGAAAAAGCUGUGUUCUGCACUGGAGGUAGAGAUGGAAAUAUCAUGGUUUGGGACACCAGGUGCAGCAAAAAAGAUGGGUUUUAUAGACACGUGAAUCAGAUCAGCGGAGCUCAUCACAAAGCGGAGGCGAACCCCGUCUCUAAAAACAAGAAGAGGCGGAGCAGCUUGCGUGGGAUGGCGCCAAGUGUGGACACCCAGCAGAGUGUUACAGUUGUUUUGUUUCGGGAUCAGCACACGCUCAUCUCCUCAGGAGCUGUCGAUGGGGUGAUUAAAAUGUGGGAUUUGAGGAAGAACUACGCCGCACACCGCCACGAGCCCGCUCCUCUGCAGACGUAUCCCUACGCCGGGUCCUGCACACGCAUGCGGCUGGGUUAUUCUGGACUGGUUUUGGAUUCCUCUAGAUCCAACGUCGUGUGCAACUGCACAGAUGACAGCAUCUACAUGUUCAAUGUCUGCGGAGUGAAACGGACUCCAGUGGCAGUCUUCAGUGGCCACCAGAACUCUUCGUUUUAUGUGAAGUCCUCCAUCAGCCCCGAUGACCAGUUCCUGGCCAGCGGCUCCAGUGACAACCACACGUACAUAUGGAAGAUCUCUGACCCCCAACAUCCUCCCAUGAUGCUCCAGGGUCACAGCGAGGAAGUGACAUCGGUCGCGUGGUGCCCGACAGAUUUCACAAAGAUUGCUUCCUGCUCUGAUGACCACACUGUACGGAUUUGGCGACUUCACCGGCAAACGGAUGAAGCUCAGACAUCUGUGGUGGAUCUGAACCUGGUUGGUUGGGCACGACCCAAGCCUCCAAGGCCCCUCGUCAAGGCAGAGUCAACUCCUGCUAAGACCCAGAGGACAGAAAGUUUCGGUGGUCUCACCUCACCCCAGCUCGCUGCCUGUGCCCCCAACAGCGCCGCCCUACCUCUCCCCUCCAGCACUACAUCACACAGCCCCUCUCAGAGGCCUGUAGUCCGUCAGAGGACGCCGUGCUCCAUCAAACAGUGGUUAUCUCCCACACACGGAUCUCCCGGUCAGAUUACCCCUCCAUCCCGCCGGGUUCUGAUCCCCCAGAGUCCAGUUAGCAGCACAUCCACAGCAGAACGACGAGCCAAACGCAGACUGGACACUAGCGACAGUUCUCCGGACUGUGAGGAGCAGUGCGACUGCGUUACAGAACUCUACCCCGCGGCCAAAAGAAGCCACAACGUUCCCAGUGUCUGCCGUUCUGCUCAAGACUCCCCGCCGAAGACGACCUGCCAUCCAGCUGACCUCACACAAGCUUCACCAGGACAGGCUGGAAAGGAGAACUACUGUCCACAAGCAAGGAACUGGCUGUCAGAGAUGGGUCAGAAGAUGAAGAAGGUUCAAGGAAGACUCAGGAGUCCCAGCAGCAACAAGAAGCAAGAGGUCAAAGCACCAGUUUCUCCAACCAUCAGCUCACCACAGACCAUGAAGAAAAUCUCCAUGUAUUUCGUUAAAGCCCCUCUGGACUGAACAGUUCUUCGAGUGCUUUUUAGCUUCAGGGUAUUUUUAUGUGGACCAACAGAACGUCAGAGUGCAGAAACGCUCUGAGAUGAAAAGAACAGUUAUGUUUCACGUAUUAUUUGCCUUUUUUUUGUUUUUGCUGUUUAGAAUUUCUAUAUCUGCCAUUUUAUUCCAAUCAAACACCUUAAAAGAUGCUUCAGUGGUGAACCCAGGAGAUCUCAGUGGAUGAGCUCAUCUGGAGGAUUCGUAUAAAGUCUGCAAAGAUUAAUAUUUAUCUGGUAAAUUCUGCAUUUUAUAAAAAUGUUUUUUCUUUUAAAAUUUCAGCUAAACAGAUUCAAGCCAACCAUUCUUUUUCAAAUAUGUGGUUUGGACAUUUUUCAUCCAUGUAAAUUGUUCAUCUCAGUUUAUUUGUAUUUACAUUGCAUGUUUGCUUUGUGGUCAAAUUGCUUUAAUUUUAAAGAGCGUUGAUUCUUGUUGUGAUUCCUUUCUAU